AUGCGCUACGCGCUGAUUAAGUUCAGGGUCUAUCUGCUUGGAGAGCAGACAUUCGCCGUUUACACUGAUCACGCAUCGCUGCGAACCGCGAUGAAGUCCCCCCACUUGUCCCAGCGCAUGGCUCGCUGGUUAUCGUUCUUCUCCGAGUACAACUUCGUGGUGCAUUACAAGCCUGGCAAGAACAACAUUCUCGCCGACGCGCUGUCUCGGCGUCCAGACUAUGACCCGCGCGAAGGUCUUGGGCGACUCAUGCGCGACAUGCGUCGCGUCCGGACUGAACCUACGAACGUCACCCCCGAGUUGUCACUGCGAGAAAAGAUUGCCGCCGCGUACGAAUACGACGAGCAAUAUGCCGGUAUCCUGACGCACCUUCGCUCGCCCAGCGAUGCGUCAUUGAAAGCUCUAUCGCGCUCGACUCGCGGUCAUAUCGAGCGGUAUCACCUUGACGGCUCCUUGCUGACGUAUGCCAUCGACCGAUUCGAUGGUCCUCGAGUAGUAGUGCCAAAUGACAAAGAUCUUCGCGCACGGAUCAUUCAUGAGUAUCACGACACGCCAGCUGGUGGGCAUUUGGGGCACGAAAAGACUUUCGCCGCGGUGUCGAGAGACUUCUACUGGCCUCACCAGUAUAAAUGGAUGCGCAACCCUCCCCGUCGUCGAGGGCUCCCCUGCGUCCACUCCCGUUUCCCACCGACGUCUGGCGUUUGGCGCUCGGUGUCGAUGGACUUUGUCUUCGGAUUACCACCCGAUGAGAAGGGUCGUAAUGAAGUGUUGGUCUUCGUCGACAGGGUCAGCAAGAUGGUACACUUCGUGCCCGUGUCUGCUGAGGUCACCGCGGAGGAGUCCGCGGUGCAUUUUGUCGACGCUGUCUUCCGCCACCACGGUCUUCCCGAGUCAAUUAUCUCUGAUCGCGAUCCGCGGUUCACAGCCGCCUUUUGGUCGAAACACUUCGAAUUAUUGGACAUGAAGCUGAUGAUGUCGACCGUGGGACAUCCGGAGACGGAAGGGCAAACUGAACGAGUUAACCGCGUCUUUGAAGACGUACUUCGGAGCUACGCAACCGCGUUCAAGAACGGGAGUUCAUUCUUGCCCCUGGCUGAGUUUGCUGUGAAUAACGCCGAGCAUUCCUCGACGGGCAUGACUCCUUUCUUCGCUAGCUUCGCUCGCCAUCCCCGCGUUCCAGCGAUGCUUGCCGUGGGCCAUCCCACGGAGUCCCGUGACUCCACUCUUGGUGGGGGAGAAGCUGUGGCUGCGGACACGACACCGGUCAACACGCCGGUGCCACAACGUGUAUCUCCGAGUGAAACCAUCGUGAAUGCCGUGACGCGAGCUCAGAUGAAGCAGUCUCUUACAUCACCGCGCGAGCCGGUGUCCUCACUCGCCCAAUGGACAGAACGAAUCUUGAUCGACCCCGCUCGUGUCCCUGAGACUCAUCAGCCUGUGGCUCCCCUCGCGAACUACGCGCCGAGACCCCAAGCAGUGUCAGUGGAUCACUCGGCCGUCUCCGAGUUCGUCCUGCAACGCCAGUCGAUCACUGGAUUCGUACGUGAUGCACUGCAGUGUGCAGUGGACAAGCAGAAAGAAAACGCAAACAUACAUGGACGAAAGAAUAUGGCUUCAUUCCACACGGGCGACCGUGUGUUAUUGUCGACCGAAGGUAUCCGGACUUCUGCUGUGACUAAUCUCGGUGCUAACAAACUGGCUCCGCGACUUCAUCGAGCUAUCGGCGACGCGUACACCUUGGACAUCCCGUCGUUACUGCGCCUGCACUCGACGUUCUACGUCGGGCGGCUCAAGCGCUACUACCCGGCUGAGAUUCCAGACGCCAAGAACGUUACUACGGAUGGGGGGAAUGAGCCGAGCGUCCUUCACGACGAGCUUGACGCGCCAUCGAGCCAUCGGACCCAGGAGCCCGUUGGUGCGGGCGAGCCGCAGCUUGAGCACUUCACAGUACACGCGUCUCCAAGGCGCGCAGCCUCGCCAACAGCUCACGAUUCGACUGUCGAAGUUGUUCCGUCGUCCGUUCAGCGCGCCAUGCAACCUCCUCCGCCCGCUCAUCCCCAAGCUGAGCGUCCAAGGCUCGGUUCACAGCGACGUCCACGUCAUCUUGUGCAGUCGGACCAACGGUACCCACGUGACGGUCCUCCACCGGUGAUUGACGCGGCUGGUAAUGUCCGUUGGAUUGUGGACCGUAUUGUGGAGCACCAAGAUUCCCACAGUACGCGUAAUCGUGUUCGUGGUCGCAAUUCCACCGCCCGCACGGUGCCGCAGGCGCGACGAUAUCGCGUGCGUUGGCUUGGCUUCCCUCCGGAAGAUGACACCUGGGAGACGCGCCACGACCUCCUUCGCGAUGUCCCAGAUGUUGUUCGUGACUAUGAGGCAACGCUCGCAGCGGCGAGCGACUCCUCGGGUCGGCCCGAUGUAAAUGAGAACGGGAUCGCGAAUGGCGACGAAUCGGAGAACGUGAACGAGAACGGAAACCCCUUGCACGUCCCGGAGCUGAAGGAUGAUGCCCGCGUCUCGCCGAUCGAUGGUGAGACGCGCCACGAUUAG